AUGCAAAGUUUUGCCACAAAUUUAUUCAUGUGGCGCCCAGACAUUUUUAAAUCUUUCCCUUUAUGUCAAGAUGCCUAUAAUUUAGUUAAAAAUACCCACAAAUGUUUUUUUGGAUUUUUUCAACAACAAAUUGAUAAGCAUUUAGAGGAAUUAAUGUUAAAUAAAGAAAAAUUAAAUAAUUCAAGUAUUUUACCCCCACCUAGCGAUUUUAUGGAAGCUUUUCUUAGGGAAAAGUUACGUUGUGAGCAAAGUGAAGAAAAUGGGAGAGAAGAUGUUUUUAGGUGAGAAAAGAGGAAUUUUUCUCGUUGAAGAUUAUAAAAUAACUUAAAAAAGGAUAAACAAAAUUUUAGGGGAAAAUUAAAGGGUAAUCUCGGUUAUAAUAAUGCCUCAAAAAUAGAAUUUAGUGAUGUGUUUUAUGAUCAAUUUAUCUGUGUCUUACUGUAUCGAUGCGAUU